AAGAGUCUUUGGGCUAAGGGCAGAAAAUGGAACGUGGUGUGAGAGAGUCCGUGAAGGAAGAUUCCAGAAAGGAACAGAGAGGAAAUCGUGUCAUCCUGUUGCUUAUUUAUGCUAUUCAUCAAGGCCUUUGAGUCCUCAAGGGCCAAAUUUGCCUCUAAACAGAAAGAUGGAAGCUAAACUGCAUUUUUUCUACCAGACAGAAGAAAAUGUUGAAUUACCUGGUAAUAAUUCUAAUUCUUCUGCAACCAACUUGCCAUCAACAAGUAUUGACAGAAAAAAAUACAUGAAAUUUUCUGAAACAGUAGAGAAGAUUUUACCUGAAAUUAGAGGUUGGAGCCCAGAACAUGAAAAGCAGCAGAAUGAAACAUCAGUAUACCUACAUGAAGAAGAAAAAUUCUCUGAUUUUCUGAGAGAAAAUAAAAUCAGGAGAAAGAAAAGUUUACAAGUACAACUGCAUAGAAAAAGAACUGAGCCUAGAACCAAGACACCAGAAGACUUCACUCUGCAUACUUCUUCUCUAGGGACUUCCUCUCCUUCUCUGAAACUGUCAACAGAAAAGAUGACUAGAAAAGAAUCCUGUUUGUACAAAUCGCCAGAUCGGCCCAGCGUUUGCGGGACGCCAUUACCCAGUCAUAGAUCUUCCUCAAUUUUGCGGGAGAAGGAAAUUGUUUCUAAUCUCUACCUGACGUUGUAUGAUAAUAUGUCCCAAGUAUACUUACACUCACAAGACAUAAAUGCACUUCAUAAAGCCUGCAAAAUUUUUAGUAAAAUUCGAAGUGGCAAAAUUUAUGUGAAUGAUCUGCCAAUAAUCCUUGCCAUCUUGAAGAUUUCUAUAAAUGAUUCAGAAAUGCUACAGGCACUAAAGGCAAUUGAUAUUGAUGUUAAUGGAAUGCUGGAUUUUACAAAUUUUCUUAUGGCUGUGAAUGAAGCUGCUUUGGUCUCUCAGGAUCCAGCAUUUCAGAAAGCCUUGAAUACGUUUAGUAGGAUCAAAGAUGGUCGAGUUGGCACUAAUGAAGUGAUGGAUGUUUUGGAUAGGAUGGAUAUUUCUAUAAACCUUGAAACUUUUCAUGAAGUGUUAAAAUAUUCCUAUGUUGACAAUAACCACAUGGUGGAUAUUGGAGAUGUUGUAUUUGCUUUGAAUGAACUACUACAGCAGUAUGAGGAUGUUUCAAUUACAGAUGCGUCAGCUUUGGAUGAAACCACUUCAAAACAAAAGUUAUCAGAUGUAACAGAACACAAUCUACCAUACCAUAAGAAGAGAAGUUUACCUUCCAAGCCAUCUGACUCUGCAGUACACAAAAAGUAUCAUGGUAAAAUAAUGGAGGAAAAUGAUGGCUCCGAAUUUAAAAGACCAAAAAAUGUUUGGCAAGAAACAAAAGUGCUGAGUGGAACUGGUAACAGUAAUGCAAGAAUUCAGGAACCAUAUUCAUUGGAUGGUGGAAACUUAGAAAAGCCUUCAGAGAAGGCUGGAAUUUCUGACUCAAAGUCUGAAAAUAUUGCAAGCCUCAGUAAGUCUCUGGAUGAAAGUGGCAUUUCUGGUAUUCCGGAACUUCAGCAGUCAGCUUUCAGAAAGCAUUCCAACCUCCUAAAACAAGUUUCACCUAAGGAAGAAGCUUCAGCUAAUACUCUGGAAAAUGUCUGUGAACCUAUGAGUGACUUCCAAGAGGGUUCCACUGCUGCCAAGGAACUUCAGCCUGUAUUGCCUUCAAAAGGAGUUCCUUUAUUUGAUGAAGAGUCCCAGGAGAAUGCCAUAGAUGCAGCUAGAGAUGUGAUGACUGAUGUCAUUAAAGCUGUUGAUAAAAUUAAAGAUGGAACUGUUGAUUAUGCAGAUCUAAAUAAUUGUCUUCAAAAUUUUGGAGUUUACCUUUCUAAGCCAGAAUUUGAGAAGAUCCAGGAGUUGACUGAAGUUGAUGAUGCAAAAAGAGUGAAUUUUAAAGAAUUUGUUGAUACAAUGUUGAGCAAUACAGAACGUUUCUCUGAAAAAUUAUGGUUGCCCAAUGCUGUUGAAAGCCUCCACAGUCUCAGCAAGGACAAGAUGCGAGUUUCUCGUCUGUGGAAUACUCUGGCUAGUUUGAAUAGCAAUUUAAAUAAAGAUGAGUUCCUGGCUGCACUGAAUUUAGUGAAAGUUGAUGAUUUACUUAAAGAGAUUACAGUUUUUAAUAGUCUCAGAAAUAAUAAGAUACCUGUAAAUGAACUGGGCUCCAAACUCUCGAGUGCUGGAAUUGCAUUGAGUAACGAGACAUUCCAAGAGAUCUUGAAACAAGCGUCUGUUGAUGAAAAUAAUAAAGUAAGUCUCAAAGAAAUUUUGGAGAACUUGAGUGCAAAUAAGCCAGCACCUGUAUUUGAAGAUAUAAACACUGCCCUCAAAAAUGUCAGUUUGAUGAACUCUGAUAGAAUUCCAGUUAAUGACCUAAGAGAUGCUUUUAAAGACUUAGAUGUCUCUUUAGAGCCUGAAGAACACCAGAUGUUAGAGAAAACACUUGAUGUUGAUGGAGGGAUUGUUGAUGUUAGUAACCUGGACACUGUUUGGCAAAACACGAAGAGGAAACUCAGAGAAGAUGAAGUCAGUGAUUUAAAGAAGAGCAUGCCAGUUGGUGGUGGAAUCCUUGAUGUCACUAAACAGGACACAGUUUCGCAAGACAUGGGAAUGGAACUUUCAGAAAUGGAAAGUAAAGAUUUAGUGGAGAAACUGCCUGUUGAUGUUAAUGGGAAAUAUAAAAUGACAAAGUUGAUGAAUGAAGUUAAAAAUUUCACUGGCAAAAAAGUCGAUGCCAAUGUGCUACAUGCUCUGGGAGACAUGGGAAUAGAGCUCACCGAGAGAGAAUGUGCGAAGCUACAGCAAAACGUACCCACGGAUGCUUCUGGGAAGGUGUAUCAGAAGCGUUUGUUGGAUGGUCUGAAGUCUAUGAAAGGAGGGAUGGUUGACAUCAAUAACAUAGACACUGUUCUGGAAAACCUUGGUAUUGAACUUACAGACAAGGAACGAGAAGGUCUGACAGAGAAUCUACCACUUAAUGAAAAUGGGAAGGUUGAUCUCAAAACAUUGUUGGAUUCAGUGGAUAUUAUUACAGGAGGAGCAGUCGAUGUUUCCGACUUGGAAGAUGCUCUAGGAAACAUGGGAAUAACACUCACAGAUAAAGAAUUUCUGAAUCUGGCUCAAAAUUUGCCAGUGGAAGCAAAUGGAGAAAUUUCAAUGAGAGCGUUGUGGGAUGAAUUGAAAGCUUUUAAAGGACAAAAGACUGACGUACAGUGUCUGCCAGACUGCCACAUGGGCGUUGAGCUAACAAAUCAAGAAAUGAAGCUGCUGGACGAGCUCCCGGUGGCUGGAGGGAAAGUUCAAAACAGUAAAAGAGAAAACUUGGGAAUUAAACUCACAGAACAGGAGCUUGAAGAUGUACCAGAAAAGAUACCAGUCAGUGAUUCUGGGAGUAUUAAUUUCAGUGAGUUGAUGGAUGAAGCGAAAAUUUUGACAGGAGGUGAAGUAAAUAUCAGAGAAGUCAAGAGCAUUCAUGAAGCUGUGGGCAUGGAUCGCACAGAGAAAGAAGACUCAGAGUUGGUGAAAACGUCACCUGCUGAUGGUGAUGGAAAGUUCUAUCAAAAUAGGAUGAUGAAUAGUGUGAAAGCUCUUGAAGGAGGAAAGCUUGAUCUCAAUAAACUGGACACAGUAUUAGGAAACAUGGGGAUGAAAAUUUCAGAAAAGGAAUUCAAAGAUAUUGCAAAGAACCUACCAGUGAAUGGAGGGAAGGCUAACGGUAACAGCAUAGACAUUGCUCGGCAGAACAGAGGGGUCAAACCUUCAGAAGCAGAACCGGGAGACCUGGCAGUUGAUGAAGGGAUGAUUAAUGUUAGUGACUUCAACAAAGUUCUUGAAAAUAUGGAAAUCAAACUCACAGGAAAAGAAUUUGAAAAUCUGACAAAAACAUUUCCAGUCAAUGGAGAAGACGUUGAUAUUGAUGACAUAAAAGAUGUUGUACAAAAUAUGGGAAUAGAACUCACAGAUAAGGAAUGCAUGGAACUGGUGGAAAAAUUAUCAGCUUGUGCUGACAGAAAAAUCCUGCAGAACAAAUUGCUGGAAGGUAUAAAGACUCUUAGAGGGGGGAAAAUUGAUGUCAAUAAACUAGAUAUGCUUCUUGGAAACAUGGGAAUGAGUCUCACAGGCACAGAACUUGAAGAUCUGACACAGGGCCUCCCAGUGAAUGAUGAUGGGAAAGUUGACUUGAAAAAAGUGAUGAGUAGAGUGAAAGAUUUCACAGGUGAAAAGAUUAAUGUCAAUAACCUGGAAACAGUACUGGAAAACAUGGGGAUCAAACUUUCUGAAGGGGAAUAUGCAAAGCUGAUGAAAACACUGCCAGUUAAUGCUGAUGGAACAGUGCACCCGAGGAGAGUACUGAAAGGCGUAAAAUCUUUGAAAAGAGGAAAGGUUGACAUAAACAAUCUGAAUCCUAUCCUGGAAAAUAUGGAUAUCAAACUCACGGAAAAAGAGCUUACACAACUGAAAGACAGCCUGCCUGUGCAUGCUAAUGGAAGAGUUGAUCUGAAUAAAGUGAUGGAUGGAUUGAAAGCAGUCACAGGAGGGGAGGUUGAUGUCAAUGAUGUGAGAACUGUUCUGGAAAACACGGGGAUAGAACUCAACGAUAAGGAAUUCUUGGAACUUAUGAAAAACCUGCCAUUUGAUGAGGAUGAAAAGAUUUUCCAAAACAGAUUGCUAGAAAGUGUGAAAUCUCUUAAAGGUGGGAAGGUCAGUAUCAACAAUUUGAAGAAUGUACUGGAUAAUAUGGGCAUCAAGCUAAUGAAUAAUGAACUUAAAGAUCUGACUCACAAUCUCCCUGUUGGUAUUGAUAAGAAGGUUUCUCUAGCAACAUUGGUGAAUAAAUUGAAAAUGUUUACAGGUGAGAAGAUUGAUUCUAGUGACCUGAGCAGCGUCCUGGGGGACCUGGAGAUUGAACUCACGAAGAAAGAGCAGGAGCGGCUGCUGGAGACACUGCCAGCCGACGAUGCUGGAAAAAUAUAUCGCAAUAGAUUACUGAAGGCAAUUAAGUCUCUCAAGGGAGGGAAAAUUCAUGUAAAUAACCUAGACAAUACUCUAGAAAAACUGGGAAUUGAGCUCACAGAAGAGGAACUUGCACAGCUGUCAGAAGGCCUCCAAGCUGAUGGAGGGGAGAUUGAUGCCAAAAAUGUGAAAACUAUUCUGGAAAACAUGGGAAUAGAGCUUAGCGAUGAAGAACAUUUGAAACUGGCAAAAAAUCUGCCCUUCAAUGAUGAUAACAAAGUCUUUAAGAACAGGUUUCUAGAGGUUGUCAAGUCUCUCAAACGUGGGAAGAUAAACGCCAACAAUGUUAACUCCGUCCUGAACAAUCUAGGAAUUAAGCUGUCGGAUAAGGAGAUUAAAGAUCUGACUCAAAGCAUACAAGUUGGGGUUGAUAAGAAAAUUCCUGUAGAAACGCUGAUGGAAAAAAUCAAAGAUUUUACGGGUGAGAAGAUUGAUUCUGGUGACAUAAAAAGUUUUCUGGGAAACCUCAAUAUUGAGCUCACAGAAAAAGAGCUAGAGAAACUUCUGGAAACAUUGCCAGUUGAUGAUGCUGGACAGUUGUAUCUUAAUAGGUUGCUGCAGAGUGUAAAGUCUCUGAAUGAAGGGAAAAUUAAGAAAAAUAACCCCCGUUCUAGUUUGGAAAACUUGGGAAUCAAGCUCACAGAAGAGGAAUUUGCAGAACUGUCAGAAAAUCUACAUGCUGAUGAAAAUGAAUAUUAUGAAUUGCAUGAUGUGAUGGAAGCAGUGAAAGCCAUUACAGGGAACAUUCACAUCAAAAACCUGGAAACAGUUCUAGACAACAUGGGGGUGAAGCUCACUCAACAGGAACUUGAAGAUCUGACAAAACACCUGCCAGUCAGUGAUGAUAAUAAAGUGGCUCUAAAAACUUUGCAGAAUGAAGUGAAAGCUUUUACUGGAGAAAAGAUAGAUUCUGGUGACAUACAAAAUUUUCUAAAAAACAUGGGGAUCAAGCUUACAGAUAAGGAGCAAAAGCAACUGCGGACAUCACUGCCCAUGGAUGGAGGAAAGGUUUAUGUAAAUAAUCUGGAGACUAUUUUAGAACUCAUGGAUGUGAACUUUACAGAAGAAGAACUUGAAGAGAUAAAGGAUCUUCUAAACGAUGCUGAUGAAACAGUUGAUCUGAAAAACCUGAUGGAUAAAGUGGAAUCUGUUACAGGAAAAGAAAUUGAGGUCAGUGGUGUGGAAGCAGCGCUCACAAGCAUGGGGAUAGUGGUCCCUGAAAAGCAGCUCUCAGUUCUGGUGAAUAACCUUCCCGUAGAUAAUGGGAAGGUCUAUCAGAAAAGACUGCUGGAUGGCGUAAGGCUUCUUAAAGGAGCGAAGAUUGAUUCCAAUAAAGUGAAUACAGUUUUGGAAAACAUGGGCAUAAAUCUUAGUGAAAUGGAGCUUAAAGACCUAACACAAAAUCUGGAAAUUGAUGGAGAAAAAGUUGAUACAAAUAAACUUAAAACUGUUUUAGAAAACUUGGGAAUUGAACUCACACCAGAUGAACACCUGGAUUUGCUCAAGACAUUGCCAGUUGAUGCUGAUGGAAAAGUGUAUCAGAAAAGGCUUAUGAAGGGAAUAAAGUCUCUCAAACAAGGUAAUGUUGAUGUUGAUAAAUUAGGUACUUUUUUAGAAAACAUGGGGAUCAAGACCACAGAAAAAGAGUUAAUGGAUCUUACAGAGAGACUGCCCCGUGAUGAUAAAGGAAAAAUCAAACUUAGUAAGUUGAAGGAAGAAUUGGGUGAUGUUUUCGGAAACCAGAUAGAUGUCAGUGACCUAGAAAAUGCUCUGAAAGACUUGAUGGUAGAGGUGACAGAUGAGGAAUACUCGCAUUUACUACACUCUCUACCACUUGAUGUUGAAGGAAAGGUGCAUAAAAAAACUUUGCUGGGUAGUCUGAAGAUUUUUGAAAGAGGAAAAAUUGAUCAAAAUAAUGUGAACACGUUCCUGGAAGAUAUGGGCGUUAAUCUGUCACAAAAAGAACUUGAAGAUUUUUCAAAAGAUCUACCAGUUGAUGUUGAUGGGAAGGUUGAUAUGAAAGACAUGAUGCAGAGGAUGAGAGAUUUUACAGGAGAAAAGAUUGAUGCCAAGGAUCUGAAAACUGUUCUUAAAGACAUGGGGGUAGACGUCAGUGAUAAGGAAUGUGAGGGACUGCUUCAACUGCUGCCAGUUGAUGGUGAUAACAAAGUUUUUCAGAACAGAUUACUAACAGGCUUGAAGUCUUUCAAAGGAGGAAGAAUUGACAUCAAUAACCUGGACAAAAUUCUAGAGAAUAUGGGAAUCAAGCUUAACGAUAAGGAACUUGAACAUGUGAUACAAAAUCAGUCUGCUGAUGCUAAUGGAUAUGUUUCUCUGAAAAAGUUGAUGGAUGAUGUGGAAGCAGUUAUAGCUUCUGGUAUUCCUGAUCUGCAUAAACUGUUAGAAGAAAUAAAGGAAUUCACAGGAAGAGAAAUUGAAACCAAAGACCUGAAAACAGUACUGAAAACCAUGGGGAUAGAGCUCACGAAUAAGGAGCUUUGGGAACUGCUGAAAAUGUUGCCAAUUACUGAUGAUGGAAGGAUAUAUAAAAAUAUAUUGCUCGAUAAUAUAAAAGCAUUUCCAGGUGGGAAGUGCUCCAUCUCCAAAAUGGAUUCCAUCCUGGAAAACAUGGGAUAUGAGCUGGAGGAAGAGGAGGCUGAAGAUCUGAAGAACCACCUGCCGGUUACCGAUGGAAACACAGUUAAACUGAGUGACAUUGUAGAAAAUGCAAAGUUCUUUACAGGACCUAGGAUCAAUACUGACGAAGUAGAUGGUAUUUUGAAAAACAUAGGGAUAGAACUCACACCUCAGGAACGCUGGAAUCUGCUGAAAACUCUACCAUUUACUUCUGAUGGAAAGGUGUAUCAAAAUCGAUUGCUAAAAGGUUUAAAGACUUUCUAUGGUGGGAAAGUCAUUGAAGAUAAAUUAGGAACCAUUCUGGAAAACUUGGAAUAUGAACUUGAAGAAAAAGAAAUGAAAGAUCUACGGAACCAUUUGCAAGUUGACGAUAAUGGAAAGAUUUCACUAAAUUCCUUAAUGAAUGCAGCCAGCUUAUUUUCUGGUGAGAAGAUUAAUGCCAGUGACACACAACUGUAUCUGAAUGAGUUGGGUAUUGAACUAACAAACGAGGAAAACCGGGAACUAGUGGACACACUGCCACUGGACGAUCAUCAAAGGGUGUAUAAAAACAGGUUGAUGGAUGGAGUAAAGGCUUACAGAAGAGGAAACAUUAAUGUCAAUAAAAUUGAAGAUGCUCUUGAAAACCUGGGCUUCUCAUUUGAUGAAGAAGAAAUUGAGGAAUUGUAUCAACAUCUGCCAAUUAAUGAGGAGAGGAGAGUUAAACUGGAUUCACUUCUGAAAGAAGCAGAUGAAUUGUUAGGAAAAGAAAUAGACUUUGAUGACCUUGAAAAUGUUUUGGAAAACAUAGGGUUAAGACUACAUCUGAAAGAAAAUCCUGUGAUCAUGAAAAGUUUGCCAAUUGAUGCUGCUGGGAGGUUGUAUAAGCACAGGUUGUUGGAUGGCUUAAGAUCUCUCAAAGGAGUAAAACUCGAUGCUAAUAAGCUAGAGCCCUUCUUAAAAACUAUGGGCUUUGUGCUUGAAGAAGACGAAUAUCAAGACCUGAUCAAACACCUGCCCAUUGAUGAUGCAGAGGAGGUAAACUUGGAGGUUGUAAUGGAUGAAGGGAAUCUUUUUACAGGUGAAAAGAUUGAUAUUAGUAACCUGGAAAAUUUUCUUGAAGAUUUGGGGAUACAGCUUACAAAAGAAAAAGUGAUGCAGCUGUUAAAUAAUCUGCCAACUGAUAGCAAAGGGAAGGUAUAUAAGAAGAGACUGAUGAAAGAAUUGAAUAAUGCUAAAGGAACAAAGGUAUCUUUGGAUAAGGUGGAAACAUUCCUGAAAAGUGCAGGAGUUAACCUCAAAGAGAAAGACACCCGGGUCCUUAAAGACCACCUACCAGUUGACGAUCAUGGGAAGACUGAUUUGAACAUGUUGAUGAAUGAAGUUAAAAAGAUUACAGGAGAGAAGAUUCAUGUUAGAGAUGUGAGAGAUUUUCUGGGAAACAUGGGAGUAAAGAUGACAAAUAAGGAGCACAAAAGAUUGAUGAAAAAACUGCCAGUGUCUUAUGAUAAAAGUAUUUUUAAGAAAGAAUUACUAGAUGCCGUGAAACCUUUCAAACGAAGAAAAGCCAGUGUUGGAAACAUAAAGAGUGUUCCAGAAAGCAGUGGGUUCACACUUAAACAAAAAGACAUCAAAGACCUACAGGUUCACCUACCAGUUACCGCGCCUGCGUGGAGUCCUGGUCCCCCCUCUGGCAGCACAGCUUCCUCCACACGCCCUGGGAGGCAGGACUGA